AUGAGUGUUUUGCUGGAGACUUCCUUGGGCGAGAUCGUCAUAGAUCUCUUGGUCGACAAUGCCCCGAAAUGUUGCGAAAAUUUUCUGAAACUGUGCAAAAUCAAGUACUACAAUUUUUCGCCAUUCCACAGUGUCCAAAAGGGCUUCUCUUGCCAAACAGGAGAUCCGCUUGGACCGGAUUCGCCUGAUAGUGAUGGCGGCAGUUCAAUUUGGGGUCUCAUUUCUGACCCCGCGAAGAAGAGUUUCGUGGCCAACAUCGAUCCCAAGCUAAAACAUACGCAGCGGGGGACGGUCAGUAUGGCCACUGUGCCUUCACCCAACGAUGCUGAUCAGCGGCUUGCGGGCAGUCAAUUUAUUAUUACGUUAGGUGACAACAUUGACUAUUUGGAUGGAAAAGCUGCCCCAUUCGGCAUGGUGGUGGAAGGGUUUGACAUUCUUGAGAAGAUCAAUGACGCUUUCACGGAUGCAAACGGUCGGCCGCUGAAAGACAUUCGAAUUCGGCACACCGUCAUCUUAGAAGAUCCAUUUGAAGAUCCCCCAGGCCUUGUUGUACCUGACACAAGUCCUCCGCCGACCAAGGCGCAACUAGCCACAGUUAUGAUCGCGGAUGAUGAGGAGUUGGGGGAAGAAGUGGACGAGGCUGCCAUGGAGAAGUUGCGCCGAGAACGAGAGGCACGCGCCCAGGCUCUUACCCUGGAGAUGGUUGGCGAUCUUCCUUUCGCAGAAGUCAAACCGCCCGAGAAUGUCCUGUUCGUGUGCAAACUCAACCCGGUCACCAGUGAUGAGGAUCUGGAGUUGAUCUUCAGUCGAUUUGGCAAGAUUUUGUCGUGCGAAGUUAUCAGAGACAAACGCACAGGGGACAGUCUUCAAUACGCAUUUAUCGAAUUCGAAAAUCAGAAGGACUGCGAGCAAGCCUAUUUCAAGAUGCAAGGUGUUCUCAUCGACGACCAUCGAAUCCACGUAGACUUUUCACAGAGUGUGUCCAAGCUCUCGGACACUUGGAGAACUGCGACCAACUCCAAACGAGCAAGACAAUCUGGCGGCUUUGGUGGCAUUGCAAGUCUUGAGAAAAAACGCCACUACCGGGAGCAGAAUGGGCGAGAUCAGGGCGGCCGGGGUUAUAGAAUGGUCUUUGACAAAGAUGAAAUCAGCCGGAACAGGGAUCCCGUGCCAGGGCAUGCAUCGCGAAGUUCUCGAAGCAGGAGUCCACGACGUGAUCGGCUAGCAACAGAGCUUGAUGGUCGGGGAAAGGAGAGGAGAUAUCAUGGUGAUUACCAAGACAGACAAAGGGAUCGGUACGACGGGCGAGAUCGUGGCAGAGACCGGGACAGGGACAGGGACAGGGAUCGAGACAGAAGGGAAGAUGGGUAUCGUCCUGGUCCGCGAAGGGGACGAGACAGAUGA